UUCUUCACUUCCACACACUCUCACGGUGAACCGAUGGUAGACGGUGCCGCGUUUUGUUCGGGGGAGUUAAUUCUUUAGCGGCGCUGAUCCAGCAACAAGUGUCGUCAGCAUGUCCUUGGCGGAUCAGCAGUGGUGUCCCACGAGCGUCCAGGUAACGGUGCUCCAAGCCAGAGGCCUCAGGAUAAAGGGGAAAAGCGGCACCAACGAUGCGUACGCGGUCAUGCAAGUGGGCAAAGAGAAGUUUCAGACCUCGGUGGCGGAGAAGAGCGUGGCUCCGAUGUGGAAGGAGGAGGCCGCUUUCGACCUGCCGCCGCUGCAUCACGGCGCGCACGGCUCGGAGCGCAGCACGCUGCACGUCCACGUCCUGCACCGGGCCUUGGUGGGCCCAGACAAACUCCUGGGACAAGCUGUCAUCAACCUGCUGCAGCUCAGCGAGGACAAAACCCGCAGCAAGACUGAAUGGUUCAAGUUGCUGGACAAGGCGGGCAAACCAGACAAAGACAGAGGAGAGGUGCUCCUGGACAUCCAGUUUAUGAGAAACAACAUGACUGCCAGCAUGUUUGACCUUUCUGCCGCCGGCAAAUCUCGCUCUCGGCUCGGCAAGUUCAAGGACAAAGUUCGUGGCAAGAAAAAGGAAUCGGACUCUGGGUCGGGCACGACGCCGUCCUUCACUCAGGUCCUGACAGACAGCGAGGAGGAGGCGAACGGGGAUGAAGUAGCGGCAAGCAAGGACGGAAAGAAGAAACACAAAAUUAAGUCUUUGUUUUCUCCAAAGUCCAACCUGCAGAAGAACAUGUCUCAGUCCAUGUCGGUCCUGCCGGCGAAGAACUCGACGCUGAGCGGCAGCCAAUCAUCUGGUCUGAAUGUGGAUUCCUCAGAGGGGAAGAAGAAGUUCAAGUUCAAGAUACACAAACGCUCCGGCAGCUCGGACAGCAAAGACUCCUCCUCCGGCCAACAGAAACAAGCUCCUGUGGAGCAGAGCAACCUGUGCAUCAACGGCAGUCACAUUUACUGCGAAGAGCCGCCGACUCGGACGUCUCGCAUCGGCUCAAACUUCAGUCUGGCCAGUUCGGGUCACGGGUCGAUGGAGGAAGUCCCAGAAAACUCUCCUCCAUCUGUUGAUUCACUGAGAGCAGCGAGGCAGUGCUCACCGUGGACGGAGGAGGAAGAGGAGGAAGAAGAAGUGGAAAAUAUAAAAGAAGAUGAAUUAAGAAGGGAGGAAGGGGAAAGGAUGGAGGAGGAGAGGAGGAGGAGAGAAGAGGAAGAGCUCGAGAGUCCUGCUGAAGCCACGUCUACUAAUCCGUUUGAUGAAAACUACUCGUAUAAUCCCUUUGAGGAAAUUCCAGACUCACCUCCUGGAGCCAAAGAGGCAAAUGUUCAGCAAAGGUGUCAGUCUUCGGGAAGCAGGAUCGUUUCCGCGGAUGAACAGGAGCUGAUUGGCGCUCAACGGGAGAAGCGACCGGCGCCUCAGCCUCCGGGAAGGAAUCAAGCUGAGAAACCGAGUCAGAGGGAGCAGGACGCAUCCGCGAGACAUCUGGGACAAAUUAACAAGCAGAAUAAAGACAAGGACGUCAAAACCGUCAGUGUUCCCCCUCAGCGCUCGGUGCAGAUGAUCGUCCCCCUCAGCAGGCCCGCCGCCGACUCAAAGGGCGCCCAGGGCUCGGCUCAAAGCAACGCCGCCAAAGGAGCAGCAGUCGCAGGCAAACACAACAAACGUCCUGCCCCGCCCAGACCUCCAUCUGUAGAAGAGGAGCCAAAAACAAGCUCGACUGCAGAGACGAAACAGACGGUUUAUGGCUUAAAUCCAUUUGAAGACGACGAAGAUGAAAACACGGAUGAUGCUGAUCCCGUUUGCCCGCCUCCAUCACACGCUGCUGAUAAAGACGCUGCCUCUCAGGCAAGAAUCAAAUCCUCAAAGGUGGCUCGUGCCCCCGCACCCCCGAAGAACGACGACACUUUAACCAACCAAGGAGGAGGUUGCGUUACAGAUGACCCUGUACCCGCUGAUGUUACAAACCAGGCGUGUGACCCCCAGCUGGAGGCCGUAGAUCCGGUGCAGGUCCAGGAGAGUCCAGUCCAGCAGCCUCAGCCUGUACAAGUGCAGACUACAGUGGAGGCAGGUGUGAAGAAGGAGGGACCGCCUACAGCUGCACGCAGGCUUCAACCUGUAAAACCUCUUAAUUCUGUGGAGCAGCAGUCUGUCUCAGCGGUUCAAGCAGAAAACAAACCCACAGGAAUCCAAAGUGAAGAUAAAGCAAAGGUUAAUGACGGAGGCCUGAAGGGUCCGUACUCCCAGCUGACCCAGCAGGAACUGAUCUCUCUGGUGCUGAAACAAGAGAACCAGCUCUCGGAGAGGGACAAAAAGAUAUCAGAGCUGGAGCUGUACAUCGACAACUUACUGGUUCGGGUCAUUGAAGAGCAGCCAAGUAUCCUCAUGUCCUUGAACGCUGUGAAGAAAGCUGCCUGAGUGGAGUCACAGCUUUAUUCUUCACGCUGGACCGAAUCAGUUCAUAUCUCCUUAAUCAUACUUUAUUCACACCGGCUCCACGUUAAAAACUUCAUUUUGAAAGACUGAAUUAAGAGAAAAGGAAGAAUGAUUUACAGCUUAUUUAACAGUUUAGAUGUCAAGGUUGACAUGUCUGCAAAUACAGUUUAAAAGUAAAGAUGAUCAAAAUAAAUAUUCUAAGAGAAAUGUUGCAGAGGCCUUUCAGGUUGAGGAUUAUAUCACUUUGCAAUGAGUCUGUGUUUCUCAAAUAAUCAAUUAAAUAAAACUUUUUAUUGUUUUUUCCAUGUGAGACUCCAGAAGAACAUAUGUGAUCUGUAGUCAGCAAAACAAACUAAUGAUUGUAUUACUUGGCAAACCAAAAACUGUUUCCAUAUGAAGAAGAGCCUUAUUUCACUGUACAACUAUGCACUAGUUACACAGAUAGUCCUUCUGUUGUCCUGAAUGUUUACAUGAUUCUGCUAACCCCAAACAAAGCACUUUAAUGAGCUCGUGCUAAUAACAUGAUAUACACUGAAUUCUUGUACUGUACCAAGGUUACUGCUUAAACUGCUUUAUUAAAUUUGAAAAAUAAAAUAAACCCUUGAA